UCAGACCGGCACGACUUGCACUGCCAGAUCCUUUAAUCUCACAUCUACAUCAGCUCUCAUGCGGUCCCAAAAGCAACGGAGGACUACUUUAGAAGUUGGCAGAUGUUGAUGUCUGCGUUUGUCAGCUUGUUUGUCUGUUUGUCUUUGAAGAAAGUUUAUUUGUAUACAAAGCGUCAUGGAAGCGGCGUCUCUCUACACAAAGUGUGCCCGUGUUUGGAUCCCAGACUCUCAGGAGGUUUGGAAAUCUGCAGAGCUGACCAAGGACUACAGAGCAGGAGACACUGCUGUACAUCUGAAGCUUGAGGAUGGCACGGAGUUGGAAUAUAAAUUAGACCCCAAAAGCAGCACCCUGCCUCCCCUCCGUAACCCAGACAUCCUGGUGGGCGAGAACGACCUCACAGCUCUGAGCUACCUGCACGAACCGGCUGUGCUGCACAACCUGCGCAUCAGAUUCAUCGACUCAAAGCUUAUCUACACCUACUGCGGAAUCAUCCUGGUGGCUAUCAAUCCUUAUGAGACCCUGCCAAUCUAUGGAGCAGACAUCAUCAAUGCAUACAGUGGCCAGAACAUGGGGGACAUGGACCCACACAUUUUCGCUGUUGCUGAGGAGGCAUACAAACAGAUGGUUCGAGAUGAGAGGAAUCAGUCCAUCAUUGUGAGUGGAGAGUCUGGAGCAGGGAAGACCGUAUCCGCUAAAUACUCCAUGCGCUACUUUGCCACAGUCAGCGGCUCUUCUACAGAGACCAGUGUGGAGGAAAAAGUGCUGGCAUCCAGCCCUAUAAUGGAGGCAAUUGGAAAUGCGAAGACAACCAGGAAUGACAACAGCAGUCGCUUUGGGAAAUACAUUGAGAUUGGAUUCGAUAGGAAUUACCACAUCACUGGGGCUAACGUGAGGACGUACCUGCUGGAGAAGUCCCGAGUUGUGUUUCAGGCAAAAGAAGAGCGCAACUAUCACGUCUUCUACCAGCUGUGUGCCUCUGCCCAUUUACCUGAAUUCAAAGCUCUGCAGUUAGGCAGUGCAGCUGAGUUUCACUGCACUAAUCAAGGCAAAAGUCCUGCCAUAGACGGAGUGGAUGACGCUCAGGAAAUGCAAGUCACUCGGAGGGCUUUCUCACUUCUGGGUAUUCGUGAAAGUCAACAAUUGGAAUUGUUCCAAAUCCUGGCUGCCAUUCUUCACCUGGGCAAUGUAGAGAUGACCGGGAAAGGCUCUGGAAACUGCAGCGUCUCAGCUGAAAACAGUCACCUGGGUAUAUUCUGUGAUCUGCUGAUGGUGUCUCCUAAGGCCAUGGCCCAUUGGUUGUGUCAUAAAAAACUGAAGACUGCUACAGAAAGCUUCAGUAAGCCUCUGGCCAAAACGGAGGCGGUGGAUGGCCGUGAUGCCUUGGCUAAGUACAUGUAUGCCAAGCUUUUUACAUGGAUAAUUAGUCAGAUCAAUAAGGCUCUGCAUUCAUCUAACAAGCAGCACUCGUUCAUUGGGGUGCUGGACAUCUAUGGGUUUGAAACGUUUGAAAUAAACAGCUUUGAGCAGUUUUGUAUUAACUACGCUAAUGAAAAACUCCAACAGCAGUUUAACAUGCACGUGUUCAAACUGGAGCAAGAGGAAUACUUAAAAGAGAAGAUUCCAUGGACUCUGAUUGAUUUCUAUGACAAUAAGCCAUGUAUUAACCUGAUUGAGGCCAAGAUGGGAGUGCUGGAUCUACUUGAUGAGGAGUGCAUGAUGCCAAAAGGAUCAGUUGCUUCAUGGGCACAAAAGCUCUAUAACACCCACCUGAAGAAGAGUGAUCACUUUGACAAACCACGCAUGUCCAACAAGGCCUUCAUCAUCCAUCAUUUUGCAGACAGAGUGGAGUAUCAGUGUGAGGGUUUUCUGGAGAAAAACAAAGACAUGGUGAAUGAGGAACAGAUAAAUGUGCUGAAAUCGAGUAAGUUUGCUUUGCUGCUGGAGCUCUUUCAGGAAGAGGAAAAAGUUCCAGACAAAGUAGCCUCAACUCGCACAAAAAUGACGCCAGUGGGCCAGUCUUUCAGAGAGCACAAGAAAUCUGUUGGACUGCAGUUCCGAAACUCUUUGCAGUUACUCAUGGACACUUUAAAUGUCACAACUCCUCACUAUGUACGCUGCAUAAAGCCCAACGACCAGAAAACUCCUUUUGUAAUGAACCCCAUUAGAGCAGUGCAGCAGUUGAGGGCAUGUGGUGUACUGGAGACCAUCCGCAUUUCAGCAGCAGGCUUUCCAUCCAGGUGGACUUAUCGGGAGUUUUUCAGUCGGUACCGAGUUCUGAUGAAGCAGAAGGAUGUGCUGUCAGACAUGAAGUUAACCUGCCAGAAUGUUCUAGCACAGCUGAUACAGGACCCAGAUAAGUACCAGUUUGGGAAAACUAAGAUCUUCUUCCGGGCAGGACAGGUGGCAUAUUUGGAGAAACUGCGGGCCGAUAAACUCCGCGUGGCUUGUGUGCGGAUCCAGAAGACCAUCCGAUGCUGGCUCGCCCGCAAGAAAUACCUGCGUCUGCGCAGCGCUGCAGUCACCGUGCAGAGAUACACACGCGGACACCAGGCUCGGGCCUUGUGUAAGUCCCUGAGGAGAACCAAGGCAGCUGUGAUCAUUCAGAAGUACCAGCGAAGGUAUGCAGCCCUUCGACUUUAUAAGCGCAAACGAGCAGCCGCAGUGCUUCUUCAACGCCUGCUUCGAGGACAUGGAGCCAGACUGCGAUAUAGACAGCUCCUGUAUGAGCAGAAAGUGGUGGUGGUUCAGCGCUGGGUGCGUGGAUGGCUAGCACGGCUGCACUACAGACGCUCUGUGCAGGCUGUGGUGUAUCUGCAGUGCUGUGUGCGCCGAACGCUGGCUCGACGAGAGCUCAAGAGACUCAAGGUGCAGGCACGUUCAGUCGAGCACUACAAGAAGCUCAACGUAGGCAUGGAGAACAAGAUAAUGCAGCUACAGAGGAAACUGGAUGAGCAGCAUAAAGAGAACAAGGAGCUGUCGGAGCGCUUGUGUGCAGUUGAGAGAUGGAGCAUGGCAGAGAUGGAUAAAUUACGCACCCAGCUAGAAACUCUGCACAAGGUGGAGGAAGAAUCCCGUCGUUUUAGUGGCCAGGUGUCCGCUCUGGAACAGGAGCUGGGAUUGACCCGGCAUGAACUGGAAAGGAACCGAAAGAUGCUUGCUGAGCUGAAAGAGACAAACUGUCUGCUGAAGUGUGAGAAAGAUGAGCUAAACAGACUGAUCCAGGAACAGAGCCAACAGAUUACUGAUCAGCUGCAGGAGGCCCAUAAGGAAUACACCGAGCAUCUGCUGAUGGAGCUUAAUGGAGAGCGUACACGCUACCAGAACCUUCUGACUGAACACAUCAAACUGGAGGCCCAGUACGCUGAUCUGAAAUCAGAGCAAGAGGCUGCACCAUAUACCACCAAACUGGGUCACUUAAGAAAAGACUCUGCUUUCAGCAGCAAUGAAUCAGAAUACACUCAUUGCUCUGAGUUUACAGGGUCAGAGGUCAGCAUACAGGUUCAAGAGGAGGAGGUAAAGGGAAGCGUGGAUGUGGCUCUCCUGCUGAAGCUGCAGAGACGAGUUGCUGAGCUGGAGCAGGAGAAGAUCAACCUGCAGAGAGAGUGGGAUUCCAGAGAGGAGCAGCUCCAGCAGGAACACGCCAAGGACAUGGAUGAGUGUCGGAGAACAUUAGGAGCUGAGAGAGACUAUGAGGCCCAGAAGCGACAGGAGCUGGAGUCAGCAAAUAAGAGGCUGAAGAAGGAUCUGAACGAGCUGCGUGUGUCUCUCACUGCGGGGAAGGGCUCAAGAUUGGCAACAGCCUAUAAAGUGCUGCUGGAGCAGCUGAGCUCUACUACUGAGGAGCUGGAAAUGCGCAAAGAGGAAGUGCUUAUGCUGCGCAUUCAGUUGGUCAAUCACGCGGACUUCAAGUAUAAGGAAGCAGCAGUGGAGAAUAACACCAGCAGAUCCCCUACUCUAGAUUUCUGCAAGCUGAACGAGGAUGGAGAGCUGUGGAUGGCAUACGAGGGAUUGAAAGAAACUAACAGGGUGCUAGAGUCUCAGCUGCAAGCUGAAAGACAGAGUCAUUUGGAGGAGCUGGAGGCCCUGAGAGCAGAGUUGCAGGUCCUGACAGAGGAGCGAGACCAGCAGCAGCAUCUUAUCUCCAACACGUUACAUAUGCCUCAUGACGGCCGUGUAAACGCAGCCCUCCAGAACGAGAUCAGCCACCUCACCCGCCAUAAUCUGGACCUCAUGGAACAAAUGGACAAGCAAGAAAAGACCACACGCAAGCUGAAGAAACAGCUGAAGAUUUACAUGAGGAAGCUUGAGGAGUCAGACAAUACCUGUUUGGAUCAGCCUUGUACAGAAAACAGAGUGGGCGAAGUUCUGCCAGAGGUGAGCAUCCUGCGCAAAGAACGGCAUUGUCAGGGAAUGCUGGAGUACGGAAAGGAGGACGAGGCCAAUCUCUUUAGGAACCUGAUCACAGAUCUAAAGCCCAGAGGGGUUGCAGUGAGCCUGACCCCAGGCCUUCCAGCUUAUAUUCUCUUCAUGUGCCUCCGCCAUGCUGACUACACUAACAACGACCAGAGAGUCCGCACGCUGCUCAACUCCUCAAUCACCAGCAUCAAGAAUGUCCUAAAGAAAAGAAGCAGAGAUUUUGAUACCGUGUCAUUUUGGUUGGCCAACACCUGCCGCUUCCUGCACUGCCUGAAACAGUAUAGUGGAGAAGAGGUCUACACUAAAUACAACACUCCCCAGCAGAACAAACAGUGUCUGAUGAACUUUGACCUGACUGACUACAGGCAGACUCUGAGUGACCUGGUCAUCCAGAUUUACCAGCAGCUCAUCAAAUGCAUGGAGGAUCUCCUUCAGCCUAUGAUUGUGGCGGCCAUGUUGGAGCAGGACACCAUCCCUGGUGUGUUGGGGCUCAAACCCACAGGGUUGAGGAAGCGUACCUCCAGCUCCUUCACGCUGGAGUCCAUGUUGAAACAGCUCGAUUCAUUCCAAUCCACUCUGCUCCAGCACGGCAACGACACUGAACUCAUCAGACAAGUGCUCAAACAACAAUUUUACGUCAUCUGUGCCACUACACUCAACAACCUGCUCCUACGCAAGGACAUGUGCUCGUGGAGCAAAGGGCUGCAGAUCAGGUAUAAUGUGAGUCAGCUGGAGGAGUGGCUGAUGGAUAAGGGAGUGCAGGGCGGCGGGGUAAGGGAAACUCUGGAGCCUCUGAUCCAGGCUGCGCAGCUGCUGCAGAUCAAGAAAAAGAAUCAGGAAGAUGCAGAGGCCAUUGCCACAAUGUGCACAGCGCUCACUGCCACACAGAUUGAGAAGAUCCUCAACCUGUACACACCAGUCAAUGAGUUCGAGGAAAGAGUAUCUGCAUCAUUCAUGAAAUCUGUACAGGCUUUGUUAAAGGACCGUCAGGAGUCUCCUCAGUUGCUCAUGGACAGCAAAGUCCUCUUCCCAUUCAGUUUUCCGUUUAACCCUUCUCCUGUGGCCCUAGAGAGCCUCCAGAUCCCCCAAAGCCUCAACCUCAGCUUCCUCAUGAGGCUCUAACAACCACCAGGAGCAUCAUCAUUUAAUUUACCCAAGGGAAACGUUCGUUGUACUGAAGAGGAAAAAAAAGUACAUUAAAAAACUAAAUUAGAACAAAGAUCAACAGUGGUUAUCCCAGUGCUUUUUUUCAGCACGAACUUAAAGUCCUGACUGACUACCUCAAACUUGACAAAGCAUAAGAAAAGUAAAAACGUACGUCUUAAGAUACUAAUUGUAAUUAAAUGGCUAAUUUGAUCAACAACUUCUUCAGAGUUCUUCACCAUCUAUUCCAAAGAGGAUGUAAACAGGCCACCAGAACGAGACCUUAAAGACAUUUUUGUCCACUUGACUGUUUAAUGCUAAUGAAUGCUACAGGUCUGUGUAGAAAGUACCUCAUGAAUACGCUCCAUGCAGUAUGUUUAGUACUGAGAAUAUUUUAAGCACACUGAUGAACCCUUUAUAAUAAUGCUGGUCUGUGGAUGGACCACCUGAGUGAGUAACUGGUACGAUAAUCUCUGGAUAAAAGCUCGUGCUCUUGUAGAAAACUGACUUUAAAGUUGAUGUCUGCAGUGGUCAGCUUUGCCUCGCAUGUAAAAGGUGUAAAAACUUUUGGACUUUAUGCUUCAGUACGUUGCAGUGUGUUACUUUGCUCUGUGCUUGUUUACUUCUAGUUUUAAUGUCAUUUCAUUUCUAUUUUCUACGUUAUUUUUCAAGAUGCGAAAGAAGAAUAGUGUCUGUACUUGAAGCUGUGUAGUGAGAAUGAAGUAAAUGAAAUGUUUUACAUGGUGGAUAUUUGUUCCAGGCCUUUCAAGGGUGCAUUGCUGGGUCCUGGAAUCGAUCCUGAAUUCUUGUUAGCGUGUGUGUGGGGUUUCAUGCGUUCUCUAUGGGUUUCCUGCGUUCUCUAUGGGUUUCCUUCAGGUUCUCUGGUGUAUUCCCACAGUCCAAAAACAUGCCAAUUGGAUUGGCUACACUAGAUUGGUAUGAUGAGUGUGUGUGAGAAUGGUGCACUGUGAUUCUUUCACCUUUCACCCAGUGUUACCGGGAUAGACUCCGGAUCCACCACGAUCCUGACCAGAUAAAAUGGUUUCUGAACAAGAGUUAUUAAUGAUUGUUUAUUAAAUGUUACGAUGUAUGACGACAGUGGCACGGUGGCUUAGCGGUUCGCACGUUUGACUCACACCUCCAGGGGUUGGGGGUUCGAAUCCCACCUCCACCCUGUGUGCACAGAGGAUGCAUGUUCUCCCCGUGGUUUGGGGGUUUCCUCCAGGUACUCCGGUUUCCUCCUCCAGUCCAAAGACAUGCACUGUUGGUUGAUUGGCAUUUCGACAUUGUCCGUAUCGUGUGUGCGAUUGUGCCUUGUAAUGCUCUGGCAGCCUGUCUAGGGUUUAUUCCUACCUCACACCCAAUAUUCCUGGGAUAGGCUCCGGAUCCAUCGAGACCCAGGAUAAAGCGGUGACUGAAUGAAGUUUGUUGUAACGUCUGUAAUUCUGCUAUGUGCAUUUGUAUUAUGGAAAAGAUCAAACUUUAUAUCAAAACAAGGCAGUGUUGUAGUUUUUAAACCUUGUUUCAACUUAAAUGUUAAUUCAACAGAAUUCCUUGUGUAAAAAUAAACAAAAAUGAAUUGCUUGA